AUGAUGGGCUUCAAGAAGAGCGCCAUCUUUGGCCUCCUCUCCUUCCUGGCAGCAACAACCGCCCAGAAAUUCACAAAUCCCGUCGUCUGGGAAGAUCUUCCCGACAAUGAAGUCACCCGCGCAGGCGACGCCUUCUACAUGACCGCCUCAACAUUCCACUACUCCCCCGGCGCUCCCGUCCUACGCUCCUACGAUCUCGUCAAUUGGGAGCACAUAGGCCACUCCGUCCCCGUUCUCGACUGGUCUCCCAACUACAGUCUUCAGAACGGAGGACGCGCCUACGUCAAGGGCAUUUGGGCUUCGUCGCUGAGAUACAGAGAAAGCGAUAAGAAGUUUUACUUUGUCGCUUGUAUCAGUGGCUUUGCCAAGACGUAUGUUUACAGCGCUUCGAACCCCAUGGGGCCUUGGACAAAGGGUGGCGAGAUCAACAAGUGUUAUUAUGAUGCUGGUUUGCACUUUGAUGAGACGGAUACUCCUUAUGUUGCGUAUGGACGUGAUGAUAUUCAUGUUGCGCAGCUUAGUAAGGAUAUGACCCGUGAAGUCAAGGAGCAGGUUGUGCUUAGACCUCCUCUGACGCUCGAAGGAGCGCGCUUCUACCAGCGCAAUGGAAACUGGUACAUCUUCUUGACUCGUCCUCCGGAUGGUCAGUACAUUGCCAAGUCCACCAAUGGGCCCUGGGGACCGUACGACAACCGCAUCAUUGCUGACAGACUCCGACUGUCCAACGUACCCAAGGCUGGAUCUCCUCACCAGGGAAGUUUGGUUCAGACUCAGAAGGGUGAUUGGUACUACAUGGGUUUCUCGGACAUGUAUCCUGGAGGACGAUGCCCUGUUCUUGCACCAAUUACUUGGAAGAGUGACGGUUUCCCCCAGAUCACUACGGUCAACGGCGCUUGGGGCGACUACGAUUACCCUCUUCCUCGUCGCGAUGUCGCUAGUCCAAUUGGCACAGACAACUUCCCUGGUUCCAAGCUCCGACCUGACUGGGAAUGGAACCACAACCCCGACACCAACGGCUUCACCGUAAACAACGGUCUCACCCUCCGCACCGUCACCGUCACCAAAGAUCUCUACCAAGCUCGCAACACACUCACCCACCGCAUCCGCGGUCCUCAAGGCCAAGCGACAGCCGUCAUCGACUUUUCCCAAAUGGCCGACGGCGACCGCACCGGUCUUGGAGUCCUACGCGAUCAAUCAGCCUGGAUUGGCGUCGAGCGCGAAGGCAACAGCUUCAACAUCGUCAUGGUUCAAGGCGUCAGCAUGAACAAAGACUGGAGCACCAAGUCCACCGGCAGCGUGGCUGGUCGCAGAGACAAUGUUUCUUUCCGCAAGGUGUAUCUUCGUGCUAAUGCCGAUAUUCGUCCUGGACAGGCUGGUAGUGCGACGUUUAGCUACAGUACUGAUGGAAACAAUUGGACUAGUUUGGGAAGUCGUAUGACUUUGGGUACUUAUUGGGAGUUCUUCCCUGGCAAUAGGUGGAGUAUUCAUAAUUUUGCGACGAAGAAGCUUGGUGGUUCUGUCAAGGUUGAGAGGUUUGAUAACAGGUAG